CUCUUCCCUUCCUCCUCCUCCUCCUCCUCCUCCUCCCCCCUCCCUCCUCUUCCCCACCUUCCUCCACCCUCUCCCUUCCCCUCCCCUUCUCCCUCCUCCUCCUCCUCCUCCUCCUCCUCCUCCUCCUCUUCCAGCUCAGGUUGCAGCUUCUCUGGGGAGCCGCUCACCUUUCCGGAGCAGGGGAAGCCGCCCCGAGCCCGGGCAGGGACCCCAGCAGGGCGCAGGGCACAGAGCCCAGCCCCGCGGCAGCCCGGCCGUCGCGGGCGGGAGCCGGCGCGCCGCGGCCCCAGGACACGCGCGGACCCGGCUGCCUGGUCCCUGCUGAUCAUGAACAAGAUGAAGAACUUCAAGCGCCGCUUCUCCCUGUCAGUGCCCCGCACCGAGACCAUCGAGGAGUCCUUGGCCGAGUUCACGGAGCAGUUCAACCAGCUCCACAACCGGCGGCACCAUGAGGACCUGCAGCUCGAUCCCCUUGGCAGAGACCCCCAGCCAGAGUCCAGCACCUUCUCCCCGACAGACAGUGGGGACGACCCCGGGCAGCCGUCCCCUGGCAUGCAGUUCCGGCGGCAGAACCAGCGCCGCUUCUCCAUGGAGGACAUCAGUAAGAGGCUCUCUCUGCCCAUGGACAUCCGCCUGCCCCAGGAAUUCCUGCAGAAGCUACAGCUGGAGAGCCCAGACCUCCUCAAACGGCCCAGCCGAAUGUCCCGUCGCGCCUCCCUGUCAGACAUCGGCUUUGGGAAACUGGAAACAUACGUGAAACUGGACAAACUGGGGGAGGGAACCUAUGCCACAGUCUUCAAAGGGCGCAGCAAACUGACAGAGAACCUCGUGGCACUGAAGGAGAUCCGGCUGGAGCACGAGGAGGGGGCGCCCUGCACUGCCAUCCGGGAGGUGUCUCUCCUGAGGAACCUGAAACAUGCCAAUAUCGUGACCUUGCAUGACCUCAUCCACACGGAGCGCUCGCUCACCCUGGUGUUUGAGUACCUGGACAGUGACCUGAAGCAGUACCUGGACCACUGUGGAAACCUCAUGAGCAUGCACAACGUCAAGAUUUUCAUGUUCCAGCUGCUCCGGGGUCUUGCCUACUGCCACCGCCGCAAGAUCCUGCACCGCGACCUGAAACCCCAGAACCUGCUCAUCAAUGAGAAAGGGGAGCUGAAGCUGGCUGACUUUGGACUGGCCCGGGCUAAGUCAGUGCCCACGAAGACCUACUCCAAUGAGGUGGUGACCCUGUGGUACAGGCCCCCCGACGUGCUGCUGGGGUCCACAGAGUACUCCACCCCCAUCGAUAUGUGGGGUGUGGGCUGCAUCCACUACGAGAUGGCCACAGGGAGGCCUCUCUUCCCCGGCUCCACGGUCAAGGAGGAGCUGCACCUCAUCUUCCGGCUCCUCGGGACCCCUACCGAAGACACGUGGCCUGGGGUGAUGGCCCUGACCGAGUUCCGAGCCUACAACUUCCCCCGGUACCUCCCCCAGCCGCUCAUCAGCCAUGCUCCCAGGUUGGACACUGAGGGCAUCAACCUCCUGACCAGCCUCCUCCUGUAUGAAUCCAAGAGUCGUGUGUCAGCAGAGGCGGCCCUGAGGCACCCCUACUUCCGGUCCCUGGGGGAGCGUGUGCACCAGCUCGAAGACACUGCCUCCAUCUUCUCCCUGAAGGAGAUCCAGCUCCAGAAGGAUCCAGGCUACCGGGGCCUGGCCUUUCAGCAGCCAGGGCGAGGGAAGAACCGGAGACAGAGCAUCUUCUGAGCCCUGCCCGGAAAACGAGAGGUCACACUGAGCACAGCUGCGGCAAGAUGGGGCCCGGGUGGCCUCAGAGGACUGAGGAAUGAGGGCUAAUGGCCGGCCCAGAAGACUUCUCGGCAGCCCUGCUGGCCACGGCUGUUUCCUCUCCCUGCUUCCCACAUGUCUCCCCAGUGGCCUUGGCCUGGAUGCCAACCCCUCCAUCACCUGCCCUGGGGCUGGGCAUGAGCUGGCUCCCCAGGUGGAGGUGAGGGGACAGGGAGUGACCUCAGACACUUUCCACCCUGAAGUGCUCGGGCACCAGUGUGGACACGCACAGACAAGAGAAUCGAGAGGCCGGGCUGGGUGCUGUGCCUUGGAUGUGGGCACCACCAUGUCCCCACCCCACCCUGGGACUUGCCCACCUCAGCUGGGUCAGGUCCCUUUCAGGGCUCCUUAGAGCCCACACGUGAUUCCCCUUGCCCCCUCUGAGAGCGGGAGGCGACAUGGCACCUUGUCUGGGAUCCUGCAAUUCUGGGUGCCAACGUGUGUACCAAAGCCCUGCCCCCCACCUAAGGGGGUGGGUGUCCACAGAUCAACAGAGGGAAGGGUGGCCCUACCUCCUCCUCUCAACACCCCCCACUCCUCGCCAGAGGCCCCUUCUGCUGCUGGAUGCCCAGUUGAGUCCUGAGGUGGCCUGGUCCCGCCAGCUGCACGCCUGCCGGCUCCGCGGGGCCCCGCCCGUCUCCCCGGUCUGAAUGGGGUUGCCUUAAACCUGCAGGUGGAGAGCACACACUGCCCUUGGAGCCCUGAUCCGAGCUCCUGCCUAUCCACCCUUUCCCGAGAGCAGCUCCAGCUUAUCACCCCCGAGUGCCGAUAAGCCGCCCUGGGCCAGGGUUCCGAGGACAGUGCCCAGAUAUGCAGGGUCACCCUGACGCUGACGCGAGGCCGGCCUCAGCUCCCUGGGGCUGGCACAGCCUCCCUCACCCCCUCCUUCCCAGCCCCCACAACCCUGUCCUUGGUCCACCCUAUCCAGGCACUAGUCUCCCGGUGCCCCCAGCCUCCCUCGAGGGUGGUCACGAGAGGGAGGGUCAGCGCCACAGUCUGAUGUACAGGAAGGUGGCUCAGGACAGGACACGCUUUGAUCCUGAGAUCCUCACCCCUGGGGACCAGGAGCCUGAGGGACCGUGGCCCCCAAAGAAGGCACACCCACCGCCCUUAUGGAGCAUGCCUGUUUUAUUCCCCAAGGUCGUGGCGGAAUCUUGGAUGGCAAGGACAGGACUGUCCUCCCGCCCAACCCCCUCAGCCUAAGGAGCAGCCCUGGAGGGUCUUGGCUUCCCCACAAGUCCCUUCGCCCCUCCCCCACUGUACUGUGAAUGUCCAGUGACUCAGCACAAAGACAGAUAAUAUAUUUAAUUCAUGCUGUACA